AUGGCUGCGAUCAAGGAAACCGUCUCCAACUUGAUUGGCAAAUUCGCAGGCUCGGCCGAGGAGGUCCCCCGGGAACCCUCCACCGAGGAGUUCAAACAGCUCCAGGAGAAGUAUACCGCUGCGGGACAAGGACAGGUCUUUGCUUUUGUCGACGAACUUCCCACAGUCGAGAAGUCCCAGCUAUUCCACCAGCUGUCCACCUUCAACCCCUCCCGCAUCAAUGAGCUGGCCGACAAGGCUCUCAACCCUCCCCAGACCGAACAGACCGCCGCGACGGUCGAGCCCCUGCCGGAGGUGGCCACCGCUUCCAUCAUCGACUCCGACCCCGCCGAUCUUCAAAAAUGGUAUGACACCGGCCUCAAGCUGGUCGCGGAGAACAAGGUGGCCGUCGUCCUCAUGGCCGGUGGCCAGGGGACCCGGCUGGGUAGCUCCGCCCCUAAAGGCUGCUUUGACAUCGGUUUGCUGAGCGAGAAGCCCCUCUUCCAGCUCCAGGCCGAGCGUAUCGCCAAGCUCCAGGAGCUGGCCCAGAAGGCGUCCGGAGUGGCCUCUGCGGUGAUUCCCUGGUAUGUCAUGACCAGUGGCCCGACUCGCAAGCCCACCGAAGAGUUCUUUGCGAAGAACAAGUACUUUGGUCUGGACAAGAGUAAUGUCUUCAUUUUUGAGCAGGGCGUUCUGCCUUGUAUCUCGAACGAAGGCAAGAUUAUCAUGGAAAACAAAGGCAAGGUUGCUGUGGCCCCUGACGGCAAUGGCGGCAUCUACCAGGCCAUCGUAACCUCCGGCGUGCGCGAAGACAUGCGCAAGCGGGGCAUUGAGCACAUCCACGCCUACUGCGUGGACAACUGCCUGGUCAAGGUGGCCGAUCCCGUGUUCAUCGGAUUUUCGGCCUCCAAGGAUGUCGACAUCGCGACCAAGGUGGUGCGGAAGCGCGAUGCGGCCGAGUCGGUGGGCCUGAUUGUGCAGAAGAAUGGGAAGCCCGACGUGGUAGAAUACUCGGAGAUUGACAAGGAGACCGCCGAAGCCGUGGACCCCAAGCAGCCCGGGCUGCUCAAGUUCCGGGCGGCCAACAUCGUCAACCACUACUACUCAUUCCGCUUCUUCGAGUCCAUGGAGACCUGGAUGCACAAGCUGCCCCACCACGUUGCCCGCAAGAAGAUUCCUUUCGUGGACCCGUCCAGCGGCGAUGCCGUGAAGCCCGAGAAGCCCAACGGCAUCAAGCUGGAGCAGUUUGUGUUCGAUGUCUUCCCCAUGACCCCACUGGAGAAGUUCGCCUCCAUCGAGGUGCGCCGGGAGGACGAGUUCUCACCCCUGAAGAAUGCUCGUGGCACCGGUCAGGAUGAUCCGGAUACCAGCCGGGACGAUAUCAUGAAGCAGGGCCAGCGAUGGGUCGAGGCCGCGGGCGGCAUUGUCAUCACUGAGGACGAUAAGUUUGGAGUGGAGAUUUCCCCUCUGAUCAGCUAUGGAGGUGAGAACCUCGAAUUCCUCAAGGGUCGCGAAAUCAAAGCGCCGGCGAUCCUGGAGCGGGAAGAGUAG